AUGGCCAGAUACCACCCACAGUUUGAGGAGAUGUCCGUGUGGCAGCAGGAAACCUCAGGUUAUUCCCCCUGCAUAGAGAUCGACUCCAGCUCUGUGAGGACCAAGGACAGGUUUGGCUCUCCGGCCAGGCUGAAGCAGGAGCAGGACGACCUCCACAUAAUUAAGUGGGAGAAUUUCCAAACAGGUGUCUCGGCAGAUGCUGUUCAGGACAACACACCCAGCAGUGCCAUGUCAGCUGCCUCACAUGUAGAGAGCCUGCCCCCAAGGGUGCUGCUGACCAUCACAAAACUGCAGUGCAUGCUGGAAAACAAACAGGAGCGCAUCACUGCACUGGAGAGACAGGUGGAAGAUCUAAUGCAGGACCGCAAGUUCCUACGGAGCCAGAUUGAGAACCUCACAAGUAAUCGCUCCAUGCCUACUUUUGCAUCACCCAGUCCAGUGAGUGAAGUUCAUAAAUCCAGCAAAGUGCAGCACUCAGAAAACAAAUCUCGGAAGAGGGAAAGAGUUUCUUCCAGUUCCUCAGCCAGCAUCGACAGUGGCUCUGAACGGUCUGACUCAUCUGAGGUGUCAGCGGCCUCGAGUGAACACAGAAGGAAGAAACACCAUAAGGACAAGAAAAGAUCAAAGAAAGGGAAAGACUACAGCAGAAAGAGAGCCACCGGUGUCCAGUACGUCAUCCACCGAUACAAACAAGUCCUUUCAGCCUUCAUCAAGAAGAAAAGCAUGAGUGAAGCCUUCCGCCAUCUGGGAAUCGACAGGAACACCAUCGCCAACACAGCUUCGAUCGCCGAGCUCCACCUGGCCGGCAAAGACAUGGUCCCCUUAGUGGGCAUGUUCCGUCAAGGAGAAGAGACUCUGGUCAGCUACGCACAAAGGUGCACCUUGGUCAUUGACAGCGACGCUGAUCUGUCCAGGAGAAUAGACCAAAUGAAAGCCAAUGGCGAGCUGCUGCCCAUCUCAGGGAAAAGGCCGAGGAUAUUGCAUUCUCAUCUCCCGCAGCUAGGGGGAGCUGCAGAGAGUAUUUUAAUAGGUUGAUGAGAAUUUUAUUACAUUGAGAAGAGGUGACAUACAAUAUAAUAACAUCAUGGAAUUAUGUUUGUUUUGUUUGUUUUCCUCCAACCU